AUGGAUUUUGACGAGUACGAUUACCUGGAGAAAGCCGUGGAGGAGACAAACGGCGCGGCGAAGGAGUCGCCGGACAGGGAAAAGGAGCGAGAGAGGAGCGAGAGGGGAUACAGAAGGAGAGACAGAGGCGAAGACGAUGAAUUUGAUGAAGAAGAGAAGGAAAGGAAGAGUAGCAGCAAGAAAUCUCGGAGUGAAGCCAACGGGCGAGAAAGAGAAAAGGAGAGGGAUCGCGACAGGGAUAGAGAUAAAGAGAGAGACAGAGAUAGAGAGAGAAGCUCGAGACAUAGGAGUCGAGAGCGGGAUUCAGACAGAGAGAGACGAAGUUCGAGGGAUAAGGAGAAGGAGAGAGAUAGAGAGAGGGAUAGGGAGAGGAGGGAUAGGGAUAGAGAUAGGGAGAAGGAGAGGGACAAAGAGAGGGACAGGGAGAAAGAGAGGGAAAGGGAGAGGGAGAAAGAGAGGGAAAGGAGGAGCCGAAGCCGAUCGAUGCUGGAACGAGAAAGAGAAAGGGAUUUGCUGAGGGAAAGGGAGCGUGAGGAGAGCAGGAGAUUCAAGGAUAAAAAGGAAGCUGUGGAGCCUGAAGCUGAUCCAGAAAGGGAUCAGAGAACUGUAUUUGCGUAUCAGAUGCCGCUGAAGGCGACUGAGAGAGAUGUCUUUGAGUUCUUCUCGCAAGUUGGGAAGGUGAGAGAUGUAAAACUAAUUAUGGACCGGAACUCAAGGCGAUCAAAAGGAGUUGGAUACAUUGAAUUUUAUGAUGUUAUGUCUGUGCCGAUGGCCAUCGCUCUGUCUGGCCACCUAUUUCUUGGACAGCCUGUAAUGGUAAAACCGUCAGAGGCAGAAAAGAAUCUUGUUCAAUCCAAUACUUCUACUGGUGGUUCAGGUGUAACUGGACCAUAUGGUGUAACUGACAGGAAGCUCUAUGUUGGCAAUCUGCAUUUCAAUAUGACAGAAUUUCAGCUCAAACAGAUUUUCGAAGCAUUUGGCCCAGUUGAGCUUGUGCAACUUCCUACAGACCCAGAGACAGGACAUUGCAAGGGUUUCGGAUUUGUUCAAUUUGCGCAGAUUGAACAUGCGAAGGCAGCUCAAAGUUUAAAUGGGAAACUAGAGAUUGCUGGCCGGUUCAUUAAGGUUUCCUCUGUCACGGACCAUGUUGGAGUACAAGAUUCCGGAACGAAAACUGCAGAUUUUGAUGACGAUGAUGGUGGUGGUUUGGCGCUAAAUGCUCAGUCCAGAGCAAUGCUCAUGGCAAAGCUCGAUCGUAGUGGUAUUGCUUCAAGUGUUGUGGGUCCCGGUGGAGUACCUGCAGUGAAUGGAGUGGUUCCCUCUUCACAACAAGCGAUCACAAUGCCCAUCAAUCCUGCAGCAAUCCUGCCGAGUCCUGUUCUUCCUGCACAGGUUUUUACCAUGGUCCCUGAACCUAUUGGAACCCCCAGUGAGUGUUUACUGUUGAAGAAUAUGUUUGAUCCAGCCACUGAGGAUGAUCCUGAGUUUGACUUGGACAUUAGAGAUGACGUGCAAGAUGAAUGUUCUAAGUAUGGACGGGUCAAGCAUAUUCACGUUGACAAGAAUAGCGCUGGGUAUGUUUAUCUGAGGUUUGAUAGUGUGGAAGGAGCAUCACGUGCUCAACAAGCAAUGCACAAGAGAUGGUUUGCUCGUAGAGCAAUCUCCGCUAUAUUCUUGCAACCUUACGAGUAUGAUGCCAAAUUCAAGGGUGCUGCCUGA